UUGUGCUUUUCAACACUGUCGCUACCGCAUAUGUAAUCGCACUGAAAUUGUUUUUCCAUCUGAUAAUUUGUUAAAACUCUAUUAAAACCAUGGCGGCCAGCACGAAACUUAUGCUGGGCACCGGCCUUUGCCAAAAACUGAGCCAGUUCACGAGGAAACUGCACUCGCAGCCCGCACUCCUGUCCAGUUUUCGCUCCUCCCGGGAGGUUCAGGAGCUAGAUCAGUAUCCGGACGUCGAGGUGGUGGCCAAUCCACCAGAAUGGCGGUUUGUAGAACGCCUGCUGCCGCCGGCAAUAGUCCCCCAGCCUGAGAUCAAGGCCGAAUAUCCAUCCGGUUGGCGACCACAAAAGGAGGAUGGGUCGACGAGCGGUUAUUAUGUGGCCAGGACCAAGAAUCACAUGGUGCCGGUGUAUCUGCACACACGGUUUCGCGGCCAGCGUCGGAUAACAGUGGUGCGUCGCGUCCAGGGCGAUAUCUGGUCGCUGGAAAAGGAUCUGCGAGCAGUGGUGGAGCAGUCACGGAACGGUAAGCUCUGCGCCACCCGGGUCAACGAGCUGAGCGGUCAGAUUCACAUCCAUGGCGACCAUGUGGACUUACUGAGGGACUAUCUCAAGGAAAAGGGCUUCUAGAGGGCUAGCAAUGUGGAUGUCAAUAAUAAUAAUAAACUCUAACCUGUUGAUUUAAUUCAA